AUGUCUGGAAGCUCCCAGUCAAAAAUUGUCCCUCAGGCAACAGUUAAAGUUAUAAAAAUGAAGAAAAUAAAGGUACCAAACAAAGUGCGACUCAAGAAAGACCUCAACAGCGGAGCAGGUUGGAGCACGUUGGAGGAUGAAAUCCUCUCUGAAUCCCAAUCCUUAAGUCAUUUCAAGGCCAAGUCCAAGAUCUUCUACACAUCCGCUGCAGAGCUGCGAUAUGCAGAUUCAGAUUUACACGACUUUAUUUAUCCCAGAAGGGCGAUUCACGUCUACGGCCAACCCCAGUCCACAAACAAAAGAAAAAACUCAAAGGCAAAGCAGCAAAAUGUCAGAGACUACAGAUCAGCCCAUGGGUACAAGGAACACGAGCAGCAAACACACUCUAGCACCCUCGGGAUUGACCAGAAGGUGUCCAGUUUGUCCGUAUGGAUAAAGCUACAGGAAGCUCAGGCGAUCCUCAGCGAGGUUCGUUCCAUCAGAGACGCGAUCAGCACCGGAGAGAAAGAGAAGCAGGAACUCAUGCAGAAACUGGCCGUGUUGAAGGACGGUUUCCAGCUGGACUCGGGUUCCCAGCAGGAGCUUUGGGGCAGCAGCCCGUCGCUCGCCAACUCGGAGCUCUCCAUCCCUCGGCUCUACUCGGACGCCGGCUCCCAGACAGACAUCCCUGCUGAGUUCAUGACGAGCACCAACAAGCUGGCAGAGAAAGUCCGUCUGAGUCUGAAGUACGAGGAGGCGAAGAGAAGGAUCGCCACCAUCGAGGUCCAGAUUGCCAAACUGGACAGCGAGGCGUGGCCGGGGCUGCUGGACCCGGAGCUGGACCGUCUGAUCCUCAUCAACGAGAAGGAGGAGCUGCUGAAGGAGCUGCUGUACGUGAGUCCGCGGCAGCGACUGGAGCCCAACGACGCUCAGAAGCUCGAGACGGAGAAGAAACGUCUGAGAGACCUGCUGGCGGCCAGAGACAACCAGAGCAAGGCCCUGACCGAGAGGUUGCGUCUUCACUGUAAGAGGAACAAGCUGGUGAGAGAGUUGGAGGAAAUGGUUCGACUCGCCUCGUCGCUACACACUCAACUCAAAAGCCUGUCGGCCAGCACUCUGUCCUGUUCGUCCGGCAGCAGUCGAGGCUCCCUGACGUCCAGCCGCUGCUCUCUGGCCACCACCUCCAGCCUGGGCUCCACCUCCUCGCUCAGCUUCACCGACAUCUACCUGGAGCAGCCGGAGCUGGCCGACCCCGACUUCCAGAACAAGCUGGACAGCCUGCUGCAGGAGGGGGGCCAGGGGGGCUACCGUCCCUCCAGCUCCAUCACCACCAUACACGAGCACGAGGUGGUGACGGGCUGCGGAGGGAGAGACGGGGGCCGACCCGAGGGGAAGACGCUCGGGGUCGGAGGAGACGCGGUAGGAGGAGGAGGAGGAGGAGGAGGAGGAGGGGAGGCGGGGUCGUCCAGGAUCCAAGCGCUCAGACUUUCAGAAACCCCUCGCUCCAUGAGCUCCUUGUCGCCUCGCUCGUCUCUCUCCUCGCUGUCGCCGCCGUGCUCGCCGCUGGUGACGGACGCUAGCUUCCUGUCGGGCGAGGCGUUCGCCGGACAGACGGAGCUCCACAGCAGGCUGGCGGAGCUGGAGCUCAGUCUGGACUCUCAGGAGCAGCAGCAGGAGCAGCAGCGACGGCAGCAGGCGGAGCAAGAGGAGAAGCAGAACCACAACAACGCUACGCUGGGAGAGGAAGUCAAAGACUCGGCCCCCCAGCUCCGAGGGUCGGGGGCGGCGCCGAAGAAGAUGGGCGUGACGUCGGCGGUGUCUGACGAGUCGGUGGCCGGCGACAGCGGAGUGUACGAACCGUCGGAGCGCAAGCCGGACCUCCUCCUCCCCUCAGAUGAGGAGCGUCUGGCUCUCUGCUGCUCUCAGGUGCAGCUCGGUUUCCGCUACGAGUCCCGAGACCAACGCUUCACCGUCUACAUCAUGCAGCUGUCCAACUGCAGCGCCCUCUGUCUGCCGGCUGACCAGAAAAUGUACGUGCGUGCCGUGGUGCUGCCGUGCGUCGAGGCAACGCGCUGCCUCUUCAGGACGCGCGGCUCUCUGCCUCAGGACGUCGUGGAGUUCAACGAGGUGUUCGGCAUGCAGAUAUCCCACAAUGCACUGCGGCAGAAAACCCUGAGGAUCGACGUCUGCAACACCAGCAAGUCGGGCCACGAAGACUGUCUGGCGGGAGCUCAGAUCAGUCUGGCUGACGUCAGCUGUUCGGAGGAGAGAUGCACCAAGUGGUACAACCUGCUGAGCCGCGCCUUCAUGCCCCGAGAUCUCCACCAGGACAAAGAGAGCAGAGCGGCUGCCGGCUCAGACGCGACUCGCGUUUUCAGCAGUGAAAGAGUCGGAGCUCCUGAGGACGACGAGUGGCACGGCGACGCUCUGGACGUGUUCGAUGAUGACGAGGAGGAAGAUGGAGGAAAUGGCGUGGAGGGCGAGGGGCCGAUGGAGGAGGACGAAGAGUUUUAUCCCGACAGCAGCCAAUGGGAAGCGGAGGAAGAGGAGAAGGUGAUCAAACCUCCUCCGCCUCCUCCUCCAGCGAGCAGCAGCAGCGCAGCAGCAGCCAUCACAGAGAAGGUGAACAAAGAGACGAGUAUGGACGGCAUGUCUCAUCACUCGUCGGUGGUUCGUCCUAAGGAGAGGCGGCCGGACGUUCCACAGCAGAACCUCUUCAUGAGGGGGAACACCAUCAUCCGCUCCAAGACGUUCUCCCCCGGCCCUCAGAGCCAGUACAUCUGCAGGAUUAACCGCAGCGACAGCGACAGCUCAACGCUCUCCAAGAAGUCUCCGUUUGUCAGGAACGCCUCGGAGAGACGCAGCAUGAGGAUGAAGAAGCCUCCGGCGCCGGUCAAAGGUCUGGACGGUCUGCUGCGGACGUCUCUGGACCUGGAGCUGGACCUGCAGGUGUCCCGGACGCGGCAGGCCCGGCUGGCUCAGGAGCUGCGGGUGCUGCGGGAGCUGAAGACGCAGCUGGAGAAGGCGAGGCAGCAGGGACAGAGAGAGCUGCCGGCCUGGGUCCAAGAAGACGAGCGCUUCCGCCUCCUGCUCAAGCAGGCGGAGAAGCAGACUCGAGAGGAGCAGCUGCAGGAGAAGCGGGUGGAGAAGAUGAUGAGAGCGGCGGCGAAGGACGUGCACAAGAUCAGAGGCCAGAGCCGGAAAGAGGUUCCUGAAGUCCAGACGUUCAGAGAGAAGAUGGCGUUCUUCACACGAGCAAAGACCAGCAUCCCCGACCUGCCAGCCGACGACGUGUAGAGAAGCAUUUCAAAGUAUCCUCCUCCCCCUCCUCCCCCC